AUGCGGUGUACUUUUCACAAGAUACGGUUGAAAGAGAGAGGUUUACCACGACAAAAAAUCAAAAUACUUUUGCCCCUUUCGUUGGCGAGAACAAACAAAGCAAUCCAGAAGGUGUAUAUGUAAUAGUGCGACGUUAUAUAUCGAUCCUCGAUGAUGAAAUUCGGCCAAUUACAUCGUGGCUUUAAAUAAUCAGUCACAUGAGCUUUUUAAUAUGACCUAAUUUUCAAAUAAAAAUGUCUCGAUAACGGCUUUGCCUAUUAAUGGAACUACCAACGAUCACCAUCAAAACGUUGUUGGCUUCGCUUCCUCCUCUUAAAUUCUUGUCGCUUUCACGGAUUAAUUUCUGAUUAUUUUUUCAAGGUGGAAUUGACCAAAAUAGAUCAUUCUUCUAUGAAUACAUGACUAAAUUCCCAAACCAGUAUAAAAGUCAAUCAUUUUAAGGAAACUGUGAAUCACUUUGUGGUUAACUAAACUUUUCGGCAAAACUGAUUUCAUCAUUACAAAGCCUACGUAAACUAACAGCAUGAGUUGCCUUUAGCGGUUUUCGUAACAAGUCUUCGUUCGUCUUUUAAGAGAUAAACACAAAUGUAUACGCUAAUUAAAAACGUUGGGUCGAUGUGGUCGUGUUGCCCGAGACCCUCAGACGACCUUAAUGGGAGUCAGAAUUAUUUCACGGUGAACGACCCGAACCCAGCAGAUGAGAAGCCCUGUGUUGAGGCUCCCAGUGCAGCUCAUGGGAAUGGGAAUAACCUUGGGCCUUCUGUGGCUCAGCACCCAGAUCCCAUGAAGUCCAGCGAGAACGAUGGUGUGGAUAAUAUAUCGAAGAGGUUUAGUACGCUGUUCUCUUCAUUCCGGGGGAAACUGACCAAAGAGAAGCCCGGGAAGGAUCAAGCUCCACCAGUGGCCAGUGAUGAGAUCACCAGGUCAGGCACAGAGCCCAGAGAGCCGCGCUACGCCAGCGGGCAAUUUUUCUUCGAGUACCUGGUGGUUGUGACUCUGCAGAAGAAGAACGAUGGAGGAUAUGAGCCUCAGAUCAUCUACCAGUUCCCAAAGCGUGAUGGGAUGGUGAGAUUCCAGAAGGAGGAGGAGGAGAAGACACUCAAGGCCAUCACGCUUUUCUGUUUCCCUGAGGGGAUCAGCUGGGCACCCCUUACUGAAUAUAGGAGUGAAACCUUCUCGUUCGUCCUGACAGAAAUCGAUGGGAGCAGGAGAAAUGGAUACUGCAGACGCUUACUGCCUCAUGGGAAGGGAGCGCGGCCACCAGAGGCCUACUGCAUCAUCAGCAAGCUGGCCUGCUUCGGACUGUUCUCCAAGAUUUUUGACGAGGUGGAGAAGCGCAGCCAGAUUUCGAAGGCGAUGAUCUACCCGUUCAUGCAGAGCCUCCGGGAGGCGCCCUUCCCUGCGCCGGGAAACACCGUCAAAGUCAAGAGCUUCAUCCCCGAAUCCGGCACGGAGAUCAUUGAGCUGACGCGCCCCCUGGACUCCUGGCUCGAGCACGUGGACUUUCGCACCCUCUUCAGCUGCCUGAAGGACGAGGAGCUGCUCCAGGUCUUCGCUUCCACGGUGCUGGAGAGGAGGAUCGUCUUCAUCGCUGAGGAGCUGAGCACGCUCUCUCAGUGUCUCCACGCGGUGGCGGCCCUGCUCUAUCCCUUCACGUGGCAGCACACCUUCAUCUCCAUCGUGCCCGAGAUCCUCAUCGACGUGACCAUGGCGCCCACCCCCUACCUGCUGGGCGUGCAGAAGCGCCUGCUGGACCAGAUUAUGGACCAGAGUGAUUUGCUCAUAGUGGAUUUGUCCGAAGGAACCUCCAAAAAGUUCAUCAUGACCAUCGGAGAUGAGAAGAAUAUUCUGCCACCAAAAUUGCAAGAGGAGAUCCUUCAGGCGCUCAGCAUGAGGAAGGAGAAUUCGACCCCGGAGGAGCUCAACCGGCUCGUGUCGGACGCCUUCCUGCCUUUCUUCGUGAAGACGGUGGGACACUUUGCCUCCUACGUGAAGCGGAACGGCAACGGCCAGCCGGGCGUCUUCCAGAAAAGGAACUUCUACAAGGCCAUUGAGUCCAAGAGCACCCGCAAGUUCGUCAAGAGAUUCAUCCAGACCCAGAUGUUCGACCUCUUCAUCCAGGAUGUGGAGCAGCAACAGGCCUCUCAGGAUGGAUUUUUUCAGAAAAAGAUUGCGGAAUACCAAGAGAAGAAGAAGAAGGAAAAAUCAAGGAAACAAUAGAAGGGACAUGUUUGCUUCUGUCUCUGGCACAUUGUACAUAAUCUAGGGUGGGAGGCAGUGGUUUUGGGGCACAGAUGUUUACAUCCUUAAUAAAGUAAUAUAGAUAUUUUUUUGUAAUUAGUUAGCCAUGAGAGUAAAUAAUUUUAUGUUCUUUAAUUCCAUUCCUGUUAAUUUUAAGCCUUUUGUAGAGUAUGGAGUAAUGUUUGUCCCAUUACAAGCUAAGUGCACAUUUCUCUUGGCCUACUCAGGAAAGGGGCUCACUCUGUUUCAUGCUGUCAUAAUGCCUAUGCUGCUAUUUUGAGUGACUCUGCCAAAAAAAAAACUGGGUUCUAAUUGGCCACAACGCACUGUCUUGUCCUGUAGUUAUCGGGGUUAUUUUAAGUGGGGGUACGCACCAGACCUGUGUGUUCUUGACUGAAGGAAAUGUGGUGAGGGGCGGCUGUACUAGACACUUCAGUCUAUGAAUGUGAGCCAUCGUACCCUAAUGAAAUGGGCCAAAUAGUAAUAAAUGCUUUUUGAACAAUUG